UCAUGCGCAUGUUCAUGCAUGUGCAUUCUCCUAUAAAUAUAUCAAUUUUGGAAAAUCCUAUUGCCAUAUGUUAAGCCAAAUAACACUACAUUUCUAGAAUUCCUCUCUAAUUAAGUUUUUAUUUAUUUUAUUUUGUGAUGGCGAAGAUUGCCAUUGGCAACGCCGCCGAGGCUUACCAGCCGGAGACCCUUCAAGCAUUGGUAGUCGAGUUCAUCGUCACCUUCCUUUUCGUAUUUGCCGGUGUCGGCUCCGCCAUGGCCACCAAUAAGUUGAAUGGGGAUCCACUAGUGGGACUGUUUUUCGUGGCGAUGGCGCAUACUCUAGUAGUGGCGGUGAUGAUUUCGGCCGGCUUUCGCAUCUCUGGCGGCCACCUCAACCCUGCCGUCACCCUCGGCCUCCUCGUCGGCGGCCACAUCACGGUGGUGAGGUCCAUUCUUUAUUGGAUUGAUCAGUUGUUGGCUUCGGUCGCCGCUUGUGCUUUGCUCAACUAUAUGACCGGAGGGAUGGUAAGACUUAUUUUAAUAUUACAUCCACUUCAAAAAGAUAUAAUUAAAAAAAAAAAGUACUAUGUAAAUGAGUUGUCACAAAGUCAAGAUUCAACGAAUAUUCUAUGAU